CUUCAACAUCAUCAUUUAUUAUACACAAAACUUUAGUCGCUCGUGUAUCCAAAAAGCAGUAGCAAGCAUAGCGUUUUAGGGUCUGCUGUCUGUAUAAAAUGAACAAAAAUCAUCAUAAAUGAAAUAGUAGAACUGGAGCAGGACGACGAGGGAGUAGCCGGUUACAGAAUAAGUGGUGGAGAAGAGGGGAACGAGAAAUGUUUAUGAUGAUGAUGACAGACGAAAGCAUGUCGCAUCACGGUCAACACCACCAAAAUUAUUACAAUCCCAAUCCCCCCACCAACAAUAUGAGCGGACAUCACCAAAAUCACCCCCCUCAACAACAACAAAUCGUUCCUAGACCUCCGAUAAAUGAAGAUUUUCAAAAACAGAUCCAACAAGACUGGGCUAAUCGGGAGUAUAUCGAAGUAAUUUCGGGAAGUAUUAAAAGAAUUGCAGAUUUCUUAAAUAGUUUCGAUCUCAGCUGUCGUUACCGUUUGGCCCAAUUAAAUGAAAAAUUGACAAGUUUGGAGAGGAAAAUUGAGGUUUUGGAAGCUUGGAUCAGCAAAGGAGAAACGCUGCCUUGAUUUAUUAUGCAAUAAUUUGUUAAAAUACGCAUGUAAGUUUUUCUUCUAUACCUAAAAAUAUUCACUAAAAGAGAGGAAGUACCUCAUUAUUAUGCAAUAAAUUGUUUUGUAUCUUCAUAUUUGAACUAAAACC